AUGCCUGUUUUUCCAGGGAAGGUGAUGGUCCUGCCCAUGUGCUUGAAGCCGGCCUCCGGGUGCGAGUUCCUCAUCUGCGAGACGAAUCGCACUUCCCCGUCUCGGCAGGACGCCGUGGCGGGAAUGCGCUGCUGGUGGGGAAGCGCCGGGUCGCUGUGCUUCCAGCGGCGUGAGGACCUGCCAGCCCCCAAGGGAAGCUGGGUCCUGCAGCGUCGCUUCACCCCCAAGCAGCCCAGCUUUGUGCUUGAGCCGACGCUGCCUCGAGUGCGCGACAGAAAACGAGCUCCUCCGAUGAGUGUGUUCAGGAUUUCCCCUGGGACACUGAGCGACGUCGCUGCUCAGCUGCCAGGCUGGCCCGGCGUCCCCUUUCCUCGAUGGCCUCUCGCCUUGCCAGCGCUGAUCGUUACCCCGUGCGCCUCCCGGGAGUUGUCACUACAAAUCACUCCACCGUGUGAAAGCGAGCAACACUAUGAGUACUCUGGACGGUGCUGCACAAAGUGUGAGCCAGGAAAGUAUAUGUCUGCUAGAUGCACCGGUACUUCUGAUAGCGUGUGCCAGCCAUGUGGCCCAAACGAGUAUAUGGAUGUCUGGAAUGAAGAAGAUAAAUGUUUGCUACAUAAAAUAUGUGAUCAAGGGAAGGCUUUGAGAGAAGUGAACCCCGGGAACAGCACGUUCCAGCGGCAAUGUGCUUGUACCAUGGGCUACCACUGGAACGACGACUGCGACUGCUGUCAGCGAAAUACCAUCUGUGCUCCCGGAUUCGGAGCUGAGCAUCCUGUGCAACAAGACAAGGACACGAUGUGUACACCAUGUCCCAGAGGCUACUUCUCGAAGGUCGCUUCAUCCACCGACAAGUGUAAAUCCUGGACCAACUGUACAGCUCUAGGAAUGGUAGAAACCGUGCCUGGGACGGACAAGUCAGAUGCAGUUUGUGCCGAACGGAAGGUGCCUGAGCCAUCGGAAGAUGGAACAAACAGGAUCUUAUACGUGUUGAUCGUCGUCUUGUUUUUUGUGGCACUAGUUGGCAUUGUCAUCUUCAUUGUAUACUACAAGAACAAGGGAAAAAAGCUGACAGCAGACCUACAGAAUUGGGCUAACGAAGUGUGCAGCCAAAUAAAAGGAACAAAGGAGCCCCCAAGGGACGCAUUUAUUACUGUGAACACCACGAGCGCUGCUGUCCCGCAGAGCUCUGAAGGCGUGUGUCUCCUGGACCCUGCCGGUGCUCCUGCCCCUGGAAACUCGUGCUGCACCGGUGGUCACGCUCCUUGCCGGAACGGGAGCCCCAGCACGGCACCGUGCGAGGCGGGAGGGAGCCUCCAGGAGUUUUCUGUGGUAACUGAGACUGACGAUGCCCAUUUCCCACCAGAUCCCACAGAAGAUGAAUACACGGAUAAGGAUCUCAAUACCACCGAUUAUUUAUCUUUGCUGAGCCCGACCACCAGUAAAACCACGUCGUCGUUUUCAGAACCAAUGGAGGCAGGGGAGAACGAUAGCUUAAAUCAGUACUUUUCAGGGAUCGGGAGCACAGAGGACGUGUCGGUCUCUCAAGGCUCUCACCCUUCCUCCAACAGGGAUGGGGCGUGUGCUGCCACGGACAGACUUCUUCAGAAAUCUUGCCAACGUGGCCACAGUUGUCUGAAGGAAACGGGCAGCAAAGACACAGGUCAUUUUGCAACGAACGAUGACUCAGAAAAGGUCUGCGUGAGGUGUGGCAUUUCGUACAGGGAAUCUCCCAGAAAGUGGAGCAAACCCUGCUGCGCUGCGGCUGGCAGUGCCUCCACCUCCCCAGAAACUGGCUCCAAUGCACAGUGCACCUGUGGCUUGAAUCUUCUCUCUGCUGGUCAGAGCACUCUAGCAAGUGAGCGUGGUACGGAGGAUGCGUCUUCAGAUACUACCAACGUGAAGCACCAGAACACAAACAGAAGCGCUUCAGGGACGAACAGCAGCACUUCAGACCUCCCUCCAGCAGCUGGAAAUGUGACUGGAAACAGCAACUCCACCUUUAUCUCAAGCGGACAAGUGAUGAAUUUCAAGGGCGACAUCAUCGUUGUCUACCUGAGCCAGAACUCCCAGGAAGGGGCAACGGCCCCGGGGCCGAGCGAGGAGAACGUGGGCAGCCCCGUGCAGGAGGAGAACCCCAGCCGCUGCGAGACGUUCGCCGGCAACACGCAGCACUACAAGGAGCAGUGGGCCGAGCUAGAGGGCUCCUCCCCGGGAGGUUUGAAAGCUGAGGGGUUCGCUGCAUAG